AUGUCGCAUGAUUACGACCACUGCUUCGGUGAAUGUAGUAAAGGCACGUUGCUCUCAUCAAUUCCUCCAUUCUGGUCAUCUUCUUCCAGUUCACUCUAUGCCGGGCCUGCAAACUCCUGUCUGGACGAGAGUUCUCAGAAGACACAGCGUCUCUCGGCACAGACUGGUCUGAGCCUCGGGGUCGACUGUCUCCUAAACGAGUUCCGUCAGCGUCGCAGUCGCUUGCGCCGUCCGAAUCGAGCCGCAAGUGACGGUGCCUCCGUGGAUGAUUGGACCCGCGGGGGCUCGAGCUCUGAACCGACGCCACUUCGACCCUUCGUGGAAGAGGGACCGUGUCGGACCGACAGGUCGGAGGAGUGGACCGGUGAAAUAGGUACCGAGCCGAUCUGCCCACGGGCACUCGACCUCACUCUCGGCGGCCAAAAAACGUCCAGAUGGGAAAGUCUCCCCUCCGACAACUUGGGACUCGGAGGCACCGGCCUGACUCAGAAACCGUUUGCGUCUGAGCACGCAUGGUUGACCGGCCUCAGGUCGUCGAGGGCAGUCGACCUGCUGAAGGAGAAGCGGGCCUCGAAUUCCACGAAUGAGCGUCUUUCUCUUCCGAGGCAGGAGGCCUUUGCCAUGCCCAGGCUGGUGAGGCCGGCCGGAUCGGGCCUGUCUCAUAGGCCCUCGGACGAGGCUGCCGAGGACCCCAAACCUGUGGGACUCGAGGGCGAUGAGCACAAGCAGACGCUACCAGAAACCGAGAUCCUGUCCGGCGGUGAGUCCGAAUCCAUUUUCUACUCUUCCUUCGAUUCACAUCCUCAGACUCACAUCUGA